AUGGUGGGGGAGUUUUUUCUACUUCUGAUCAAACUUGCGGGCAAGAUGAAGCGAGCCGCAGAGUGCGUCGACCGCAUCCGUAACCCCGACAAACGCGAAACCUUCGAGGACUUCAUUCUCAGGGGCCACAGGAUAUGGAACAAGUUCAAACAUCUCAUCAAAGACUGCGAAUACCCUAUGACCAUGCCUUGA